AUGAAACUUCGUUCACAUGAAAUACUUUCAACAAAUAAAAAACCAUUUGGAUCAUCAUCAUCAACACAUCCUUCACGUUUUAAACAAUUAUUUCAACGUAAAAAUUUAUUUAAAAAAAAAUUUCAACAACAAUCAACAAAUCAACAUAAUUUUGUUCAUACAAUACCAGCUUAUGUUCGUAAAAGUAUAUUUCGUUUUUUACUUGAAAUUAAAUCUUCAACACCAUCAUCAUCAUCAUCACCUCCUCCAUCGUCUUCUCCUUUACGACCUAUUCGACAACCACCAUUAAUGGGUAUUCAAGCAUUAAAAAAUAAACAUCACCAAUUAAAACGUUCUUUACGAAUACAACAACAACAACAACAACAAACUGUUAUUGAUAAUACUAAAACUUUCGAAGAUUAUCAACAACAAGAGAAUAACUAUGAUAUGACUAUAUUACAUACAAAUAUAGAUAAUGCUAAUGAUGAUGGUGAUGAUGAUGAUGAUACAUUAAUAUUUGCAACAAAAACAAGUACAAAUCAAAAGAAACCAAUACCACAAUGGGCAAGAAAAAAUGAAUUACAAAUUGCUAUUUGUAAUCAAUUAUAUUUUCAUCGAAAUCCAAGUGAAAUAUUUGGUAAUACAAUAGAUUGUUCACCAGCACAUUUACGUACAAUACUUCAUUCAAUGUUACCUAAUGUUGAAUUAUUAGAUGAUAGUGUACAUCAAUCACCAUGCAAUAGUAACAAAUCUAUAUUGAUUUAA